AUGUUGAGAGUUGCAAGGGCACUCAGGCAGCAUGGAGUUGUCAGGGCUAGAUGUGAAGAAUUUGACCCUGCCGAGUUGGCAGGAACGGUUGAAGAAAGCAUGGAAGACCCUGACACCAAAGAGAAGGUCAUUUUGACCGCUGCUGACCCUUUUGCAGGUCUCCACAAGCUCAUGGCCGCGCUCGAAGCAACAGUUGGAAAGUCCUCUUUGGAUCGAAAAGGUGAGCUUCGUACCAUGUACUACCAGGAGAUCAAGAGGAAUGCCGGCGAAAGAAUCAGUUCUUUUUGCACCCGCUUUCGCACACUGGCUGCGGAUUUGAAACGCGAAGGCAUAGUGAUGCCUGAAGAAGAGCUGGGUUGGAUGUUGAAAGAGAGAUUGGGCCUGGACCCAAUUAGAAAGCAACUGUUGGAAACUGCACUCGCUGGUCGUGAGACCUAUGAGACUGUCGAGACGGAAUGCCUCAGGUUGUUUCGUGACCUCCACACCUCAGACCCGUUGUACAAGGUCAAGCCGCAUACAGACAAGGCACCUUUGUUGCAGCGGUUCUUGCAGUCUCACAACAGCAGCAGCUCUUACAGGACCCCAAGCUCAGCCACGCCUUCGAUGCGUUCCUACCGCACUCAGAGUUCAUCAACUUCCAGCAGACCUCCUUUUCGACGUUUUCCCAACUCAGGUCCUCCCCCUCGACAAGCGUUGGUGAUUGAGCCCCAGGACGAUGAGUUCAAUGGGCAUGAACUGGAGGAAGAAGCCGAGUUGAUUCCUGCAGAUGAGGCAGAGAGUUCGCCUGUCCCUCAGUCUUUGGAAGAAGUGUUGCAAGCAGAAGCUGAAUGCCUUGCUAGCGAGAUCCAAGAGCUUGAGGAGCAGGGUUGUGAGCCGGCGAUGCUGGAUGAUUUGGAGUCCGGUCUUGAGCAGGCCGCUGAAAGUUUGGUCACGAUGCGGGAAGCCAGAUCCCGCAUUGCUGAAGUGAAGAAAGAUAGAGGUUAUGGAAAAGCCUCCAGCUAUGCUCCAAAGACCAAGCCGCAUGGCAACCAGGUUCCUAGACAGAAAGCCAACACAAAGUGUUUUGAUUGCGGAGAACCUGGGCAUUGGGCUGGUGACGCAGCAUGCAGCAAGCCGGGAGCAGGUCUUGGAAAGCCAAAAGGCCGUGGAAAGGGCAUUGGACCUCCUCCUGCAGCAAAACAGGUUCGUGUGACAGAAACACUCAACACUGAGCACCUUCCGGAAGAGCCUUUGUUAGACGAGGCCUCAACUGGCCAUGAAGUGUUGAUGGUGACCACAGACACCUUCCAGCUUCCCCUGUCGGAAGUGCUCGCUCAAUCCAACGAACUUGUUGCACCGAACCCUCGCUUGGCAUCAGACAAACGUUUUGUUGGUGCGCUGGACAGUGCGUGCAACCGUACAUGUGCUGGCAGUUCAUGGCUUCGGUGGUAUUUGGAAUCCCUCAAAGAAGCACCCCAAGCAGUACAAGAUUUGGUUUUGCAGGUCCCCGAAGAUGAGUUGUUCCGGUUCGGCAACGGCGGCGCCAAGAAGUCCAACGUCCGGUAUCGGUUGCCCAUGAUGGUUGGAAGCACCCUCAUCGUGGUUUGGGUAUCCAUUGUGCCGGUUGCAUCCCUAGGUCUAUUGCUGGGCCGUGAUUUCCUCUCCGGGAUCGGGGCCGUGAUGUCGUUCGCCCGGAAGAAGCUUAGAGCUGACCUCGUGAACGGUGGAGAGCUCUUAGACAUGGGUCAACUUGCUGCAGGCCACUUCACCUUGCCGAUGCGCCCGACUACCUCAUGGAAAUGUCCGGGCACUCAAAGAUGGCGUAGUUUUGGUCAGGAUGGUGUUGUCGAAAUGCAACUUAGCAGUUUAGAGUGGUGGCAGAAGCGUUUGCAGUUUCGUUUGUCUCAUUUUGAAGAUGUUGCACCUCCCUCGACAACCUCCCAUGAGCAUCUGGUCACCGAGAGCUCGAUGUCGGCAAUGGCUCAAGCUAUGAAGGACCAGAUGGCCUCUCCAGUGAUCGUGCACGACAUGACCGAAGAGACCUCUCGCACGAUCGGGCGAUGGCGGCGCAUGAUUUUGCGCCUGCGCGCCAAGGCAGAUUGGCACGCCCAUGGAUUGCUCUUGUGGUUGCUGCAGCGGCCUCAGCUGCGCUAUGCACCGUUCCCCUAUCCAAGCAUUCAGCAUGUCAAGCAAUGGGAAGACCAAGCGGUCGCCAUGACCCUCCAGCAACCAAAGGCUAUCAUGCACUCUCACUGGCAACGCGGUCGAGUGAACCAGGUCUACACCGUAAAGAACCUGCUGGAACUUGGCCAGUUUCGCAAUCGAGUGGGCCUGCAGUUCGCCUUCAUGGAGGACGUUUUGCUUCAAGGAAUGCUUGCAGCAAGGGCCAACAAGGGGGUAGCCUCUCAGUUGAAGAAAGAGGCCAUUCAAGAGGCUCAGCUCGAAGCCAAGACCCUGUCGCUGAAGGGAGAACGAGAAGAAGCAGCUCGACAGUUGAUUGGACCGAAAGGAGGCCUGCCAUCUUUGAAGGCCGACCUUGUACGUCUCGCCACUCUUCUACAGGUCCCAGUCGAGCCCAAGAUGACCAUCGAGCAGCUGAAACUCGCUUGCAAGCCAGUAGUGAACGAGUUGAUGCAGAAGCCCAAGUCCCACACGGGCGCAACCAGUUCCACAGACCCUCCAAUGAUCGGAGUCAAGGCCAAGCCAAAGCCUUCAACAGCACCGCCAGCUAUGGAAGCCGCUCGUCGUUUGGACGCUCAGCAGUCACUCUCAGUGCAGGACGUUCACGAGUUGAUGGCAGCUCAAGAUCAGAAGUUCCAGACGAUGCUCAACCAGGUCCUGCAGCAUGUGACGACUCAGCCGGCUCCCAAGGCUUGGUGCGGACAUCCGAUGUUGUCAGGAUUGGACCGUCCAGAUGCAGAGAUGCCGGAGGGCGAAUAUGGUUGGUCGCAAGCGGAGAUCCAGCAGAUGAACGGAUCUUUGAGUGACUUGGCAUCCAAUCCAUGGCGCUUGCAUCAAGACGUCAAGCCAGGACAAGCGCAGUUGAUCUCUCAAGCUUGGGACCAACACUGCCGAGACCGCCGUCUCGUGUCUCUCAGUGCCAAAGAGGUCAAGGAGAUCUAUGAAAUGGAUUGGGAUGACUGCUUGACGAAAGCCCAAAAGGAUGUGUUUGUCACCUCCGUCCUUCUUGGCUCCAAUGAGGCACUCUUCUCAGAGAAUGAGGCUCUUGUGAAUGCCGAGGUCCCUGAGAAUGACAAGCGCAAUCCGAAUGUCAACAAGUUCAAGAAUGACUCGGGCAAGUUCGUGAAGCCCAAGUCCCUUGUGGGUGAGGUGUACACCACCACAGAAAGAGUGACAAAAGCAGCCAAGCACCGAGGACAUGUGACCGGAACUCCUCUGUCCUUUGAAACUGGUUGGAACUUCCUUCGCAGCCUUGACAGAGAAGUUGCUCGAAAGUUGCUGGCAAAAGAAGUGCCUUUCUUUUUGGUGAUUGCCUUCCCCUGUAGUUUUUGGAGCAUCCUGCUGAACCUCAACCCGCCAAAAGACUAUGAGAGGCGCUUGAAAGAAGCUUUGACCUUGCUUCGCUUUGCGCUUCAAUUGGCUCGAGAUCAACGAGCUCGAGGGCAUCAUUUUGUUUUGGAGAACCCACAGAGUUCACGUGCUUGGACUCUGGAAGAGAUGAAGAAAGCCUUACAUGAACUUGAGGUGAAGAUCCAGACCAAGAUGAAGCUCCACUCGCUGACUUAG